GAAUUAGCAUUAGUCCAACAGCUUUUGAAAAGUGUAUAACAUCUGUUGACAUAACUAAAGUUAAUUAAAUUUUUAUUACUGCUAACGUCGCCCAAAAAGAUGAUAGUCGCCCUCAUAUUGCUAGUAGUAAUCGUUCACCAAGGCGCCACAAAUUCUAACCAAUACUGCCAAAGUGAUGCUUGCCCCGAUCGGCUCCCGAACGUCGGAUGUGGCUGCAAAGCGUCCACCUAUGGGCCACAGUGUAAGGACCGGAACGCCCGUAACAUAAUCUUGGAUGACAAAUUGAAAACACUCCUGCUGGAGCAGCACAAUACGAGACGCAACUUGGUGGCAUGUGGAGACGUAAAACCGCAUCCACCUGCCGCAAAGAUGAUUGAGUUGCAAUGGAACGACGAACUGGAAUUCUUGGCCGAUUGCAACACAAUGAAAUGCGUUUACGGGCACGAUUCGUGUCGGAGCACAAGCGAAUAUCCGUAUGCAGGACAGAACAUUGCAUCCAAGCUGAUUUGCGGCAAGACGCCACUGGGAGUGGAGAACAUGAUUGUUGACAGUGUGGAUGUAUGGUUCCAGGAACACCGGAAUACCACACCGAGUAUGACUGACUCCUAUCCGGAGGGGAAGGUGCCCGGCGGUCCCAUCGGACAUUUCACCCUGCUGGUCAAUGACAUGGUCCAGCGCAUCGGCUGCAGCUACAUCAUGUACCAAGAGCAGCGAAAACGCGGCAAGAAGCAAACCUGUCAGAGGCACUACCUCGUUUGCAAUUACUCGUACAGUAAUUUCAUCGGGGAGAAAACCUACACCAAGAGCCACCAGCCAGCCGAGGAGUGCCAUUUUCGUUCCAGUAAACACUCCUGUUUGUGCAGCAGUGGCGAAUAGAACACUUCACUCUCCCAAGUGGAGCAAUACAUACGUAUAUCUUGUUACUGGGUGCUAGACGGAAGCGACAGACGACAACCGAUACGGCAAUCAGGAUUAGGUUUCCACUUUUGCGACGUCGAUGCGAAUGAAAAAGAAAAUAAAACAAAGAUGGAAUAAAUAGAA